UUCAUUUCAUCAGAAAAUAGCGUUGAAUGGUUGAUAAUUUGUGCUUUAACUGAAAGUUAGUAGAUCAUACUGGAAAGUUAUUGCAUGUCGAUUGUUUAUGAUGAUUUGGUUGAAGAUUGAGUUUGAUAGUGUGUUAAUGGAGUUGGGUCCCACUAAGGUUGAUUCGGGUCAAGAAGAUGAAUUGACCCCAAAAAAGGAAUUUGGUUUUUUUUUUUUUAUUGAAGUUUUGGUUUUCACAGUUUGACCCACUAAAGUUUUGACAGAAAGUUUGUUUUUUUUUCCUCACUCCGGCCAAAAUAUGUUGUCUUAACGGUGUCCAUGCUUCAGAGUUUGGCUUGGUCGUUCCCCCUGUAAACCAUACAGCCGGCUGCCACUUGACAGUCGUUGUGCCACCACAAGAGCAGAAUUCUCUAGCGUAACACAGAACAUAAGUUUGUUUUUUACCUUUUGACCAAAUGUAUUUAUAUGAUGUUUAUAGUUUGUUUUUAAACCGGUCCGAGUGGUGGAAGACGACCAGUUCAGUGACAAACAUGAUUAUAUGAACAUGGGAUUAUAAGAAAAAGUAAGAAGGCAAGAUUGAAUUUGCUUUUUAAAAGCUCAAGUUUAGAAGAGGGUUCUUGGCUAAAUUUGCUUUUUAAAAGCUCAAGUCUACAUCUUACCCUCCUCAGACCCUACCUUAGCUUUGCUAUUAGUGGGAUAUACUGAGUAUGAUGAUGAUGAUGAUGAUGAUGCUUUUUAAAAGCUCAAGAUUGCAUUUUGUUUUAGGCCCCAAAUAUUCAUAUGGAACCUGAGUUAGGCACAAUAUUUGUACAAAAUCAUUACAGAACCAUGACGGUUUUAACGUGUCAUAUUGAUCUUAUGUAGUUAUGCUUAAUUUCUUGUAGACACCAUCCUUCUUUUAUAUAUCAUUUUAUGGAUGUAAGCAACUUAUUAAAAUAGUAAUCUUUUUAUCUUUCGGUCUACGGAACUAUUACCAUGUGUAAUUUUCAAUCUGACUCAUGUGGUUAGGAGAAAGAUGAUCAAGACCCAAUUAAAAUAUAUUUGUAGCUUCAUACUAGAGACAUUUGCAGCAGAUUCACAGGCCUCCUCGACAUAUGGAAAGUGUCGUGCAGUCGUAUUAUGUUGGAUUCUUGGGGUCGGAACCCUCAUCUGUUGGAAUAGUCUUUCAUCUAUAGAAGAUUAUUACUACCAUGUAUUCCCAGAUUACCAUCCUUCUAGGGUACUUACCCUUGUCUACCAACCUUUUGCCUUCGGAACAAUGGCGUUUCUUGCCUAUAAUGAAUCAAAUAUCGAUACUAGGAAACGUAACAUUCUUGGAUAUGUCGUUUUUUUCCUCGGGACUCUCGCCCUCCUUUCGUUGGACUUAGUUACAUAUGGGAAGGGAAGCAUUGGAUCUUACGUAGGUAUAUGUCUUCUCGUGGCGGCUUUCGGGGUUGCAGACGCCCUUGUUCAAGGCGGGAUGCUUGGUGAUUUGGCUCUUAUGUGCCCGGAACUUGUCCAAUCCUUCGUAGCUGGCUUGGCUGCAUCCGGAGCUUUAACGUCUGCUUUGAGAUUACUUACAGAAGCUGUUUUUAAUAGUACUGAUGACGGUCUUCGCAAAGGAGCAUUGUUUUUCCUCUUGAUCUCCACACUCUUCGAGUUUUUGUGCAUCUUUCUCUAUGCAUUCGUGUUCACUAAGUUACCAAUCGUGAAGCACUACCGUAGGAAAGCAGCCCUUGAAGGUUCACAAACCGUUUCAUCCGAUCUUUCUGCUGCAGGCAUCGGUCAAACCGAUCUGACAGAAAAACUAAUCGAUGGUGAUCAUGGUAAUCUAGACAGGCUGAGCAACAAAGAACUCUUAUAUCAGAACUUCGAUUAUGCAAUAGAUUUGUUCUUGAUAUUUGCUGUGAGCGUGUCGAUUUUCCCGGGUUUCUUAUACGAAAAUACUGGAAUGCACCAGUUGGGUUCAUGGUAUCCACUUGUUCUAGUAACUGUAUUUAACCUUGGGGACUUGGUAUCUCGAUGUAUUCCGCUAAUACAUUGCGUCAAGAUGGAGUCACGAAACGCGCUUAUGAUCUCAGUCGUGUCACGGUUUUUGCUUGUGCCCGCAUUUUAUUUCACUGCAAAAUAUGCCGAUCAAGGAUGGAUGAUUAUGCUUGUAUCUAUAUUGGGAUUAAGUAAUGGUUACCUUACUGUAUGUGUACUUAUGGCGGCACCCAAGGGUUAUAAGGGUCCGGAGCAAAACGCGUUGGGAAAUGUGCUUGUAUUAUUCUUAAUGGGGGGCAUAUUUUUGGGCGCCGCCCUAGACUGGUUAUGGCUUAUUGGUAACGAAGGCUUCUUAGGCAGAAGCACGACGAAGUUUUUGACAUUAAUGCCCUUUACGUCAACCUAACAAGUCUUGCGUACAUACAUGUAUGUGUAUAUCAGUAUAUAUACAUAGGUGUAUGUGUUUUUGUCUCUUUAUUUUAUAGGAAAUACUAUAAUAGAGUUUGUACAAAACAGAUUAUUGGUAUGCAGUACAUAUAAUAUAAAUAAAACUGUAGUUGUAAGAAUCAGACAGAAAUAAGAAAAAUCGAUAGUAUUGUCGUCAAUAAAUUUUUGGCGUAAGGGACUGAAGAAACUAACCUUUGAUGAUCAAUGCGGGAUGGUAAAGCAAGCAUAAGCGUUAUAAGAGAUCACGAAGCCGCAUUUUACUAAUAAAUAAGAAAUUCGAUAGUAUUGUUGUCAACUUCUUUCUUGUAAACUUUUAAGUUCCAAAAAACUCAUGGAAGUGUGUUUUGAUGA